CUUUAACGGCCGCUGCAUUGGACAUUGGUGGUGCUUUCUUCCACUAAUUCUCCUGCCCACUCUGUUGUUUCCGGCUAGUCGAACAGUAUCGGCGAUGGCUCCCCACAAUCGGAUUCUGCAGCUUCUAGAACGCUAUCCCUGCGAGUAUGAGGAGGCUGGAGAUGUUAAUGUCUUUAUCGUUUCGGCAGUGGUUUGUCGCAUGAAGAGCUGGAUUGACAUUGGGAAUGUUAGGAACCCUAAGAAGAGUGGUGAGUCUGUUGAAGGUGAUACUCACUUCAUUACCUGUUGUUAACCUCCCCGAGCUAGAUAAUCUGGAUAGCUUGGCUGCAUUACAGGUCUUGGAGGGCUGAGAUCUCCAGAAAAUCUUAGCAUAUAUUGUCUAGGUUCUGUACACAGUUAGACAGACUCCGUUCUUUGAUAAGCUUGUUCCUUGUAGGCUGUCAUCCGCUAGAAAGACUGCCUGCCCUGGCGUUUUUGGGAUAGUUACUUGAGUUCAAUGUCGAUGUCUGCCCUCAUCUCCCAGAAAUCCAAGGCCUUGGAGGGCUGUUGCAAAAGCUCAGCGUCAGUUAUGCUACAAGUUUAACGGGUUUGAAACUCUGCUGGCUUUUGACUAGUUACAAGCUUUAACAAUCUUCUCACUUCACUGUCAUUCCAUUACCUUGAUGAUGGUGAUGGAUGGUCAUAGCGGGUGGCAGCUGCCAGCAGGACUCUGUGGUAUCUGGACAUCAGGGGAACCAUGUAACUACUGCAUACAUUUUGCAAGAUGCUUCAGAAGUCAGUGUUCCUGCAGCUGAAUUAGAAAUGGAGAGGCUCAAGCCAAUGGACGAGUUAGUUGAGCUGUGUUUGCGUGGCUUGUCCUCAAUGCCGAUACUACCUUCUUUGUCAAGGCUGCGAAAGUUGACAAACUGAUCUGUCACCGGUCUGCAGGACAUGGAAGGCCUUAUUGGUACCAAUUUCUCUCUGGCUGGCAUGUCUUUGGAAAUUUUGCCAGCGGAUUGACCACCUGGUUUGAAACAAUUGAACUGUAGACAUCUGUGGUUGCCAAAACCUUACUCGUCUGUCUGCUCUAAGAGAACUAGACCAAAUGUAAAGAGAUUGCGUUCAUCUGACCCAUAGAGCUCCAAUCCGUAAGUGAAUAAAUGGUGUACAUUAUGUUCACUACCCCUUUAAAUUUUAGAAUCUUUGAUAGCUAAUGAAUCUCGUGUUUGGAUGGUGACCUUGUGGUGCUUAUCAUUCUUUAUUUAUGAACAAUUGAAACUAACUCAAUUUUGGGUAUCAUUUCAAAGCUGUAUGGUAGGGAUGGUAUAACCUUUGAUACUUCAUUGGUGCAGAAGAUAGCUAGUCAAAUUUUUAUAUAUAUUAUGAAUGGAAGAUCAAGGUAUUUGAAAGUCUCUAUUCUUUGACAGUCUCUGAAAACUUUACAAAUUCUUUGUGUGGUCUGAAAACUGUAUAUAAUCUGGACGGUCUUGACAGUCUAUUCUUUGAAUUCCUUGACACUUCAUGAUCGUGAUGUUUUGGAAAGACUGCCCAGCAUGACAUCUUUGUGCAAGUUACUUCAUUAAAAAAAGUUACAAACUACGCCCGCUGCUGCAGACCUUCUACGGAAUGCUUCAGCUGUUAAUAUUCCCAAGUCUCACGGAGUUGAAACUUAGUAGUUUGAGGAUUGGUUAUGCAGACUCGGAAUUAAAGCUGGAGGAGCUUGAGUCUAUGGAAGAGUCAGUUGAAUUUCUUUGGUGGCUUGGCCUCGACAGAGACUACCUUCCCUGUCAAAGCUGUGAAACUUGGAAAGGUUAACUGCCAUUCCUGCUACACCUGCAGAAGAUUGAGGGCCUUGGUGGAUUGAAUUCCUUGGAACACCUAGAGCUCUCUGCCUGUACAUCUUUGGAAAGAUUGCCGACAGUUCCAGAAGUCUCUCCAAUUUGGCCUGAAUUCUUUAUGAGUGCCUUCAAAAUGUUCUCCCGAAGAUGCUCCAGAACAAAUAUAACAUGUCUGAAAGCAGAAAGCUCAUGCUCUAGUGGAUGAGUUUACACUGCACGGGACACGCUUGUUCAAUUUUGAGCUCCACAUCUUCUUUGGAGUCUGCAAAAUCUCAGCAGCUGGUGGUAAAUAACCUUCCUGUAAUUCCUCUACUAUUACUACUACUACUACAUUUGACCAAAGUUCAAAUUUAUCAAUUUGGCCACUCUGUAUUUAUGAUAUCCAUUGCUGUAGGAGAUAACUACUCAGUUUUGUUUAUAAUAUAAUAAUGUGAAGGCCAAACUUCUCAAAGCCUACGAAAGUCAACCCCUUCCCCAGCAUCCAAAGUCGUUGGUCUCUGUGUCCUUUCCUCCUUAAUAACUUCUCUCCAUUCCCAAAAACUUUCAUUGUCUCGCACACACAAAAAAACAAAACAAAAAACCGUUUCAGGAGCAGCCCCUAACCGAACAGCCUCUCCAUUUCUCUCUUCGCCUGUAAGUCUCACUUUUUCUUCUGCUCUGCUGUUUCCAGAUCUUUUUACUUUACCUGGUGUUGUACGAGAUCUAUUCCUUCUCUUUUGGUCUGAACUUUACCUGGUUUUUAAAAUUUUCAUUGUAAUGCGCCAACUGUUUGAUUUUGUGCUUUAGUUCCUCUUUCUUUCUGCUUUCCCAAUUUUAGCUAUCCGAAUAUCUAAUUGUUUCAUACUAGUCCUUGAUCCUGCCAUGUUUCUUAGUUUAAGUAGUUUUGAGUAGUGCUACCGUAUCCUAUCCUACCGGCUGGUUGUCUCUAAUACAGUUUUACAUAUCAC